AUGAAAUAUGAUGUGCGUGUCAAUUUCACUGAAGAGGAGUGGGCAUUCCUGGAUCCUUCACAGGAAUAUCUCAUCGAAGAUGAUAUGCUGGAGACAUAUUUGAACCUCACUGGUCUAGGAUACACUUGGGAAGAUCUUGAAUUUGAAGAAAAUUGUCAAAGUUUUCAAAGUCAUGAAAGGACUGAAAUAGCACACACUGGAGAGAAACCCUAUGAUUGUAAGGAAUAUGGUAAAGUUGAAAACAGUGUUCUUCAAAGUGACAAAAGAACACAUACUGGAGAGAAACCCUAUGAUUGUAAAGAAUAUGGUAAAGCUUUUGAUCAAAACAGUGUCCUUCAAAGUCAUGAAAGAACACAUACUGGAGAGAAACUCUAUGAAAGGAAAGAAUAUAGUGAAGCUUUUGAUCAAAACAGUGUUCUUCAAAGUGAUGAAAGAAGACAUACUGGUGAGAAACCCUAUGAAUGGAAGGAAUAUGGUAAUGCCUUUGAUCAAAACAGUGUUCUUCAAAGUGAUGAAAGAACACAUAAUGGAGAGAAACCCUAUGAAUGGAAGGAAUAUGGUGAAGCUUUUGAUCAAAAUAGUGUUCUUCAAAGUGAUGAAAUAACACAUACUGGUGAGAAACCCUAUGAAUGGAAGAAAUAUGGUAAUGCCUUUGAUCAAAACAGUGUUCUUCAAAGUGAUGAAAGAACACAUAAUGGAGAGAAACCCUAUGAAUGGAAGGAAUAUGGUGAAGCCUUUGACCAAAACAGUGUUCUUCAAAGUGAUGAAAGAACACAUACUGGAGAGAAAUCCUAUGAAUAUAAGGAAUAUGGUGAAGCUUUUUAUCAAAACAAUGUUCUACAAAGUGAUGAAAGAACACAUACUGGAGAGAAACCCUAUGAAUAUACGGAAUAUGGUGAAGCUUUUGAUCAAAAUAGUGUUCUUCAAAGUCAUGAAAGAACACAUACUGGAGAGAAACCGUAUGAAUAUAAAGAAUAUGGUGAAACUUUUUAUCAAAUCAGUGUUCUUCAAAGUGAUGAAAGAACACACAGUGGAGAGAAACCCUAUGAAUGGAAGGAAUAUGGUGAAGCCUUUGAUGAAAACAGUGUUCUUCAAAGUGAUGAAAGAACAUAUACUGGAGAGAAACCCUAUGACUGGACGGAAUAUGGUGAAGCCUUUGAUCAAAACAGUGUUCUCCAAAGUGAUGAAAGAACACAUGCUGGAGAGAAACCCUAUGAAUAUAAGGAAUAUGGUGAAGCCUUUGAUCAAAACAGUGUUCUUCAAAGUGAUGAAAGAACAUAUACUGGAGAGAAACCCUAUGAAUAUAAGGAAUAUGGUGAAGCUUUUGAUCAAAACAGUGUUCUUCAAAGUCAUGAAAGAACACAUACUGGAGAAAAACCCUAUGAUUGUAAGGAAUAUGGUGAAGCUUUUGAUCAAAUUAUUGUUCUUCAAAGUGAUGAAAGAACACAUACUGGAGAGAAACCCUAUGAUUGUAAGGAAUAUGGUGAAGCUUUUUAUCAAAUCAUUGUUCUUCAAAGUGAUGAAAGAACACAUACUGGAGAGAAACCCUAUGAAUGUAAGGAAUAUGGUGAAGCUUUUCAUCAAAUCAGUGUUCUUCAAAGUCAUGAAAGAACACAUACUGGAGAUAAACCCUAUGAUUGUCAGGAAUAUGGUGAAGCUUUUGAUCAAAUCAUUGUUCUUGAAAGUGAUGAAAGAACACAUACUGGAGAGAAACCCUAUGAAUGGAAGGAAUAUGGUGAAGCUUUUUAUCAAAACAGUGUGCUUCAAAGUGACAAAAGAACACAUACUGGAGAGAAACCCUAUGAUUGUAAGGAAUAUGGUAAAGCUUUUGAGCAAAUUAGUGUUCUUCAAAGUGAUGAAAUAACACAUACUGAUGAGAAACCCUAUGAAUGUAAAGAAUAUGAAGCUUUUGAUCAAAACAGUGUUCUUCAAAGUGAUGAAAGAACAUAUACUGGAGAGAAACCCUAUGAAUGUAAGGAAUAUGGUGAAGCUUUUGACCAAAACAGUGUUCUUCAAAGUGAUGAAAGAACACAUACUGGAGAGAAACCCUAUGAAUAUAAGGAAUAUGGUGAAGCCUUUGAUCAAAACAGUGUUCUUCAAAGUGAUGAAAGAACACAUACUGGAGAGAAACCCUAUGAUUGUAAGGAAUAUGGUGAAGCUUUUGAUCAAAACAGUGUUCUUCAAAGUCAUGAAAGAACAUAUACUCGAGAGAAACCCUAUGAUUGUAAGGAAUAUGGUGAAACUUUUGAUCAAAUUAUUGUUCUUCAAAGUGAUGAAAGAACACAUGCUGGAGAGAAACCCUGUGAAUAUAAGGAAUAUGGUGAAGCCUUUGAUCAAAACAGUGUUCUUCAAAGUGAUGAAAGAACACAUACUGGAGAGAAACCCUAUGAAUAUAAGGAAUAUGGUGAAGCUUUUGAUCAAAACAGUGUUCUUCAAAGUCAUGAAAGAACAUAUACUGGAGAGAAACCCUAUGAAUAUAAGGAAUAUGGUGAAGCUUUUGAUCAAAACAGUGUUCUUCAAAGUGAUGAAAGAACACAUACUGGAGAGAAACCCUAUGAAAGGAAGGAAUAUGGUGAAGCUUUUUAUCAAAUCAUUGUUCUUCAAAGUGACAAAAGAACACAUACUGGAGAGAAACCCUAUGAUUGUAAGGAAUAUGGUAAAGCUUUUGAGCAAAUUAGUGUUCUUCAAAGUGAUGAAAUAGGACAUACUGAUGAGAAACCCUAUGAAUGUAAAAAAUAUGGUGAAGCUUUUGAUCAAAACAGUGUUCUACAAAGUGAUGAAAGAACAUAUACUGGAGAGAAACCCUAUGAAUGUAAGGAAUAUGAUGAAGCUUUUGACGAAAACAGUGUUCUUCAAAGUGAUGAAAGAACACAUACUGGAGAGAAACCCUAUGAAUGUAAGGAAUAUGGUGAAGCCUUUGAUGAAAACAGUGUUCUUCAAAGUGAUGAAAGAACACAUACUGGAGAGAAACCCUAUGAAUGUAAGGAAUAUGGUGAAGCCUUUGAUCAAAACAGUGUUCUUCAAAGUGAUGAAAGAACACAUACUGGAGAGAAACCCUAUGAAUAUAAGGAAUAUGGUGAAGCUUUUUAUCAAAACAGUGUUCUUCAAAGUGAUGAAAGAACACAUUCUGGAGAAAAACCCUAUGAAUGGAAGGAAUAUGAUGAAGCCUUUGAUCAAAAUAGUGUUUUUCAAAGUCAUGAAAGAACACAUACUGGAGAGAAACCCUAUGAAUGGAAGGAAUAUGGUGAAGCUUUUGAUCAAAAUAGUGUGCUUCAAAGUAAUGAAAGAACACAUACUGGAGAGAAACCCUAUGAUUGUAAGGAAUAUGGUGAAGCUUUUGAUCAAAACAGUGUUCUUCAAAGUCAUGAAAGAACACAUACUGGAGAGAAACCCUAUGAAAGGAAAGAAUAUAGUGAAGCUUUUGAUCAAAACAGUGUUCUUCAAAGUGAUGAAAGAACACAUACUGGAGAGAAACCCUAUGAAUGUAAGGAAUAUGGUGAAGCUUUUGGUCAAAACAGUGUUUUUCAGCAUGAUGAAAGAACACAUACUGGAGAGAAACCAUAUGCAUGUAACCAAUGUAGUAAGGCCUUUGUACGUCGCAGUCAUCUUCAAAGGCAUAAAAGUACACAUACUAGAGAGAAACCUUUUCAAUGUAAGGAAUGUGGUAAAACCUUUGCUCAAAACAGUGUUCUUCAAAGUCAUGAAAGAACACAUAGAGGAGAGAAACCCUAUGAAUGUAAUCAAUGUAGUAAAGCCUUUGUACGUCAUAGUCAUCUUCAAAGGCAUAAAAGAACACAUACUAGUGAGAAACCUUUUCAAUGUAAGGAUUGUGGUAAAACCUUUGCUCGCAACAGUGUUCUUCAAAGUCAUGAAAGAACACAUACUGGACAGAAACCAUAUGAAUGUAAUCAAUGUAGUAAAGCCUUCAUACGUCAUAGUCAUCUUCAAAGGCAUAAAAGAACACAUACUAAAGAGAAACCCUUUGAAUGUAAGGAAUGUGGUAAAGCCUUUGCUCAAAAGACUGUUCUUCAAAGUCAUGAAAGAACACAUACUGGAGAGAAACCCUAUGAAUGUAAUCAAUGUAAUAAAGCCUUUGCACAUCACAGUCAUCUUCAAAGGCACAAAAGAACACAUACUGGAGAGAAACCCUAUGAAUGUAGCCAAUGUGGUAAAACGUUUUCUCAAAACAGUGUUCUUCAAAGUCAUGAAAGAACACAUACUGGAGAGAAAUCAUAUGAAUGUAACCUAUGUAAUAAAGCCUUUGUAUGUCACAGUCAUCUUCAAAGACAUACAAAAACACAUACUGGAGAGAAACCCUAUGAAUGUAGUCAGUGUGGCAAAGCCUUUGCUCAAAACAGUGUUCUUCAAAGCCAUGAAAGAAUACAUACUGGAGAAAAACCUUAUGAAUGUAAUCAGUGUGGCAAAGCCUUUGCUGAAAACAGUAUUCUUCAAAGUCAUGAAAGAACACACACUGGAGAGAAACCAUAUGCAUGUAACCAAUGUAGUAAAACCUUUUUUCGUCUCAAUCAUCUUCGAAGGCAUAAAAGGACACAUACUGGAGAAAAACCGUAUGAAUGUAGCCAAUGUGGUAAAGCCUUUGCUCGAAGCAGUAUUCUUCAAAGUCAUGAAAGAACACAUACUGGAGAGAAACCCUAUGAAUGUAAUCAAUGUAUUAAAGCCUUUACACAUCAUAGUCAUCUUCAAAGGCAUGAAAAAACACAUACUGGAGAUAAACCCUUUGAAUGUUACCAAUGUGGUAAAGCCUUUGCUCAAAACAGUGUUCUUCAAAGUCAUGAAAGAACACAUACUGGAGAGAAACCCUUUGAAUGUAAUCAAUGUAGUAAAGCCUUUUUAAGUCAUAGUCAUCUUCAAAGGCAUACAAGAACACAUACUGGAGAGAAACCUUAUGAAUGUAACCAGUGUGGUAAAGCCUUUUCUCAAAACAGUGUUCUUCAAAGUCAUGAAAGAACACAUACUGGAGAGAAACCCUAUGAAUGUAAUCAAUGUAGUAAAGCCUUUGUACGUCAUAGUCAUCUUCAAAGACAUGAAAGAACACAUGCUGGAGAGAAACCGUUUGAAUGUAACCAAUGUGGCAAAGCCCUUUGCACAUCACAAUAA